UUCAAAUUCUCUGGCUUCUCCUUCAAAAUCUACUUAUGGUUUUUGAGAAUCCGCCCUCUAAAGUGUGUUUGACGUUCAGCCUGUUUGGAUUGCUGCUGCAUUCAGGAUUUCAGGUAUGUUCGUUUAUUCUUCUACUUCUUCUUCUUUCAAUAUUUCGAUCUAGGUUCCUUACCUGAGCCCUUCAAUAUCGCUUUGUAAUUUUCAUGAGUAACAACCCCUUGAGAGGGUUUCUAGGUUUAUCAGACAUUCUUCCGGUUGGGGAGGCAACAACAAGCAGAUACGUUCCAACCACUUAUGGUAAGACCAACUGCUUCUUCUAUGUUUAGAAGCAAUCAUCUUUGGUAUGUUUUAUGUUCUUGGUUUGUGUGAGUUACCUGCAAACUACUGGUUUAAGGAGAUUUUGAAACAAGAAUGUGAGGAAGGGGGCGAAUGAAGAAGAAGAAGCUUGCCUCGCGGUUUGAACUGUCUUGCUUCAUUUCCUGUGGAAUUCAGCUUCACAACAGCACCAAAGCAACAUGAUUUUUCUAUUCUGCUGAAUUGGGAUCCUUAUGUUCAUGAAACUGUCAACGAUUGUCAUAUUCUGGUACAUUUUCUUCCCUUAACUUCUUUCCGUUUCAUAUUUUAUAUAUGCUUGCUAAAAAAGUUUGCUUUAAUGUUUCCUGUGUACAGUGCAAUACAUCAAAUUUCAACCUCAAAGGUUCAGGUGGUCAGAGGUAGUGGCCGAUUCCUCAUAUACUAUUUUCUCAUCUCUUGGGUGGCUUUGAUCUAACUCUUUUGCUUCCAUUUCAAAAUUGAUUUCAAGACUCAGUCACACUGUCACACAUCACAAUAGACACAAACUCCUUCAUAUUCAUUGGAGCAGUUAAUUGGAUUGAAGCAGGAAUAUUGGCUUCUAGCUAGGGGUGGACGUUCAGGUUUGGUGUUCCGGGUAACCCGGAUCCAAAACCAAAAGUGUCGGGUAUCGGGAAACUGAAAACCGAUGCAUCAAAAGAAAAAUCGAGUCUGGUUCCUAAUAUGGCUGUGUUUCGGGUUUCGGUGAAACCCAGAACCGAAACCAAAACCUAACGGAAUCGAGGUGGAACCGAGGAGAGGUUCCUAAGGUGGGGCGGAAGAGUCCGCUGCUCCUCUCCGGCUCUAAUCGCUGCCACUACAUAACAGAAGUCGGCGAUGGUGAUGAAUCGGUUGGAAGGCGGGAUUGGUAAGGGAGGGAGGGAGGAGGAGCUAGGUGGAUGGCUACACCGAUGGAGUAAAGGAAUCAAGAGUGAGGGGCGAGGGAAAUUGUGUCGGCAGUGGGAGAGAUUAGUACUCGGGUACUCGAAGAAGAACCAUGAACCAUUAAAUUCGGUUCACGGGUAUCCCAAAUAAUUAAUUAUAUUUAUUAUAGCAUAGCCUCUAUUUUAUAUAACAUUUUUCUCCCAGAUUAUUAAUGAAUUUCUUAUGUUAAAUAUUUUUCUUUGAAAUGUAUACUCAUGAACAUAUCCAUCCUGUUUUGCACCCAAACUAAAAUACUCAACUUGCCAUCGUAUGGUUUUGAGAGAUUGAGAAUUUUGGGCGGUAUAACGGAUACAUAAUAUGAUAGUAUAUAAACCAAAUAAAAAAUUUACCUGCCAACGGGCCGGGUGAAAAUACACAUAAGAUUGCUUGAUCACAUUCUGUGCCAUACUUAUACCAACAACAACAACCUUAUAUUAAUCUCAUCCGGCCAACGGGCCGGUCAUUAUGCUAGUUGAAAAACAAAUCCCAGUACACCCCCGUCGUCCGGUUUGUUUGGCUGAAACUGAAACCAUGGAGCAUCUGUUCCUGUACUGUCCAGUGGCGCGAGCUCUUUGGGACCAUUCGAGCUUGGAACAUUUAGGGCAGGGGUUGCCGCGUCAGACCUUCCCUUUAUUUCUUAAGCGUUUGAUGUCCCUUUUGUCCCAACCCUCAAUUAUCAUGGCAGUUGUGGCCGUUCUCUGGCGAAUUUGGAGGUCAAGAAAUUGGGUGGCCUUUGAAGGAAAACAGGUUGGGAUUCCUGCCUUGAUGCGUCAAUUCCACCAGCAAUAUGAGGAGUGGGUCACUUUGCCAAAAGAUACAGGCACCAGUCUCUCUAACCCUCAUCCUGCCCCCGGUCCUCCUGUGGACAGUGGUUCCCUGGUGUGUAUGUGGGAUGGGGCGACUCGGAAUGGUUCUCAUUCUGCGGGUGGGAUGGUCCUCCUGGGUCCUAAUAGGGAGGUCAUUUGUGCGCAAGGGUAUCAGUUUCCAGGAGUGGAUGCCCCUUUGGUGGCCGAAUUACUUUGUUUACGAGAGUCUAUGCGGUGGUGCCUUGCUCAGGGGUUGACAGCAGUCCGCUUUGAGGGGGACGCUAUGGUGCUCAUUGACAAUAUUAAUAGAGGUAGCACUGCGGAUAACUAGGUGGGGGCCAUUCUUGAAGAAGUUGUUCAUCUCUUCGCCUCGCAUGAUGGAUUUGGUGUUCGGUUUGUAGGUCAGCGAAACAAUAGGGUAGCCCAUAUGGUGGCUAGAAAGGCCCUCUCUUUGUACCCGACUAUGAGUAGUCUUUUUGAUCACCAGACAUGGCUGACCUCCAAGAUAUAACUACUUUGUUUCAAUCUAUAUACUACUUUGACAAACAAACACUGAGAAAGCUU